AUGCCACCACCACUCCCCUCCCAACACCGCGGGAUGACCGCAAACCCGCUUAAACCCGUGGGUCGCUAUCGACCGGGAAAGGCAAUUGCGGAGGAGCCUUCAUCUUCUGAGGAGGAGGAGGAAGAGGAGGAGGAUAUUGAGGCGCGAAAAGAACAAGAACGAAGGCGGCGGGCGGAGGAGCAGCGGCGAAGGCAGCGAGCACCUAAAGCGAGCUCAUUCCCUGCAGCUGCAGUUAAAAAGGCUCAAGAGGAAGAGGAUGAGGACGAAGAGGGAUUCAUGACGGACGAAGAGGACGAAGGACCUACCCAGCCACCAUCCGCAAAGGCUGCGCCGCAGGCUCGGCCUGAUACUGCACAGUCUCCAUUGCUCCAACCUGCGCCGGUAACGAAGCAAGAAGACAGCGAGGAGGAAGAAGAUGAGGAGGAGGGGGAAGAGAGCUCCGAGGAAGAGAGCAGCUCCGAGGACGAAGCGCCGCGGCGAAUGUUGAUUCGGCCAACAUUCAUUAAGAAAGAUAAACGAGGCAAUGCAGGCGGACAAGGCGCAGAUGCUCAGGCUCAAGGCCCCAUUAGCGGCGCCGACUCAGCCGCCGACAACGAGGCCCGUCGCGCCCAACGACAGGAGAAGGCAGACCAAUUAGUACGAGACCAGCUCGAGAAGGACGCGAUUGCGCGCUCCACCGCAAACAAAGCCUGGGACGAUGACGAUGAGCUCGUCGAAGCAGACGAAGAAGCAGCCAUCGACGACCGCGACGGCGUCGACCCCGAAGCCGAAUACGCAGCCUGGAAGCUGCGCGAACUCAAACGCAUCCAGCGCGAGCGCGAAGCAAUCGAAGAAGCAGAGAAAGAACGCGAAGAGAUCGAGCGGCGGCGCAACCUGACCGCAGAAGAGCGAGACCGCGAGGACCGCGAGUUCAUCGCAAACCAGAAAGAAGAGCGCGAGGCGACCCGCGGCCAGACCGGAUUCAUGCAGCGCUAUUUCCACAAGGGUGCUUUCUUCCGCGACGACCAGGAGCGCGAGGGUUUGGACCAGCGCAAUGUCAUGGGCCGCCGGUUUGCCGACGAUGUGGCGGUCGAGACGCUCCCGCAAUACAUGCAGAUUCGCGAUAUGACCAAGCUGGGCAAGAAGGGGCGCACGCGCUAUCGCGAUCUCAAGACGGAGGAUACCGGGCGGUUUGGCGAGGGUUACGAGAAUCGACGGCGACACGAUGGCCCGCCUGUUGGGAUUACGGACGAGCGAUUCAUGCCCGAUCGCGGCGAUGAUCGGGGCCAGGGACCAUCGGGUCCAACGGGUGCGAAUGCCAGUGCUGUUCGGGCGCGGCGGAGGUCGAGAUCGCGGUCCCCGAGGCGAAACCAACGCGACGACAGGAGCCGGUCCAGGGAGCGGCGCAAACGCAGCCCGUCACCGUACGAUGACCGGGAUAAGCGGCGGCGGGUGGAGAGCUCAUCAUGA